AUGUUUCUCCGGCUACUUUUACUCAUUUUUUCAUUAUUCAUUGAUUUUAUCUAUUCUUUCUCUAAUUUCACGGAUUCCAAUUUAACUAUCACAACAAUUUUCAACAUUCCUACUGGUUUAUGGUGCCCGACUUUUGAGAUUGGUUUGAAGUGUCCCGAAGAGACUUUUUUAUCUUAUCAUAAAUGUUGCGGGAAUUUGAAUAAGGAUUGUUGUCAUCAUUUGAAAGUUGAGGUCAGUUUUUCACUGUUGCUUUUGAGAGAUCUCUUUGGAAUGAUGAACUAGGUGAGAUCAACAGAUUUUUAAAACUUAGGCUUACUUAAUGAUAUAGCUUCGAAUUUCGACAUCAGACUGUUGGAUGCUAGAUAAUGAUGCUAGAUAAUCAAAAAAUAUAUAUGAAAUUUAUUUCCACUGCGUCGUCGUUUCCCAAAAGUAAUUUUCCAGAUUCUGAUAUUGAUAAUAGUGUUGCCAAUAUCACUUAUCACUCCUACCGUAAUUUAUAUAAUUCAUUGUUUAUGUCACAAAAAAUCGAAAAAAUCACAAAAACGGGAAAAUUGCGAGGAAGAAGAACCGAGUAUGGGAAGGCACAAAAAAGUGACGAUAUUAGAAGCCGAUUCGAUGACUAAAAAUAGUGAAGAUAUGGUUGUACUUUGA